UGUCUACAACUCUCUCUACCAACCCCACCUUCCUUGCCUUACCGAGCAACCACAUGCUCAAGCUAAAAGGAGCAACCAUUCAAAAAAUGACUUGCUGAGGUGUCAGUGGAUCAAGUGGAGUUGCUCGAUGCUAACAGGUGCUGUUUGCCCACAGUGCAUAAAAGUGUUGGGGUCCGGGGGGAUGGUGCUGUUCAUGAAGACAGAGACACAGGCAAUUGGAGCGGAUUACGGGACCCUGAAGUGUGCGGUUGUUAGCAUGGGGCAACCUGGUGACUGCAACAAUGGCCUGCUGUCUGACGCAGAGGAUCUGGAGAGUGCCAGUGACAGCUCUGACAAAUCUCUGGGUGGGGGGGAUGAAGGUGGAUACUGCAGCCCAGCAGAGGAGAGCCAAGGCAAAAGGAAAAGGAAGAGCAGGCUCCCUGGAGUCAGCAAACAAAGACAAGCUGCCAAUGCAAGGGAAAGAGACCGGACACACAGUGUAAACACAGCCUUUACAGCACUCAGGACACUUAUACCCACAGAGCCUGCAGAGUGCAAACUGUCCAAAAUAGAAACCCUGAGAUUGGCUUCCAGUUACAUAUCACACCUAGCCAAUAUACUACUACUAGAUGAAGACUGUAUGGAUGAACAGCCAUGCCUUCAGUACAAAGCUUCUAUGGCCAGUGCUGCCCCAAGACCCAUCUGUACUUUUUGCCUAAGUAAUCAAAGGAAACUGCACAGGGAAGGCGAGAAGCACUUGUCUAUUUAAGGUGUAUGCGGACAGUGACUCAGAUGAGCAGCUUGCAUAAUUCUUGCACUGAAUAUAGCUCAACUCUAAAUAUAGCUGCCCUGCACUCUUUUGUUUACACUGAACUUAUGUAAUGCAGCUAAUGUGCUUUUGUAUUUUAUUUUUGAACAAGAAAGGAAGAGGUCAACGGUGUUUUACAUUGGAACAGAAAAAAAGUGCAUUUAGGAUACUUGGAAUCUGAAAUGAAACUCAAAAUGGAAAGUUGCACCUGUUGCUGUUGCUAUUUUUUCACAAGAAAUGUUAAACCCAAGAAUGAUAUGGACCGUGGUUAACCCAACGACACAUGAUGAAAUGGGAUCCUGGACACUAAGCGGCUCAAUCAGUGUGUGUUGUCACAACACACUUUCACCUGUGCUUUUCACCAAUAAUCAUCACAGCAGAGACACAUACAGAAGGGACCAUUAGCCAGUCCUUUAAAAGAGUGGGAUGGAAACUCAGGGAUGACACAUAUUUUUGACAUGGGUUAAUGCAUAAUAUCGCAACCCUUGCCACUAUAUACUUCCUUUACAUUUAAGUCAUUCUGAAUGUAUUUAAGAUGGCACAAUCCUAUUAUCAUGUUAUUAAACUACAGUUUA